AGACCCUCAAAACGCGCAACGUUCCAUGCGAUAUCUCCCCCGACGUAGGCGGGUGGAAGAGCAGCAUCUACUGCUGGUUUCAAAGCGCUUAUAAGGGCUUGCUUUUGACCGUCACUGCAUUUCAGAGCAUCGAUCACACUGCCCCAGCCGAGCUCUACAGUCCAUUCCAUCGCCAUGCCUAGGCUCACUGAUCACAAAGUCAUCAUCUUCGACGUUUACACGACUUUGGCGGACUGGACCACCACGGUCUACGAGAAUCUCAAGCCUCUACUCUCGCGCUACGCCUCCUCCGCCCGAUGGACCCAAGAAGAAGCCAUGAACGCCUUCGGCUCCAUCGAGCGCGACGUCCAAAGCCGCUACCCCGACAAGCUGCACCACGAGAUCUUCGAAAUCGUCUACGCCGAGCUCGAGGACUCCCUCAAAGACCUCGACGGGAACCAGUACCGCGACGCCGGCGCCCAGACCAAUCCGCCCGAGCCGCGCGCGACGUCCACGCCCGAGGAGCGGCGCGCGUUUGGGAGGUGCACGAAGGAUAUUGUGCAGUUCCCCGACACGCCGGAGGCGCUGAGACGGUUGGCGAAGCACUUCAAGCUGGUGGUGCUGUCGAAUAUUGACAAUGAGUGCUUUGCGCAUACGCACCAUCGGAUGGCGGCGCCGGAGGAGUAUCCGAAUGCGCUGAAGACCUACUCGUACCCAGAGCCGAACCCGAAGAAGUACUGGUACCCGCAGACGGUGGAGGGCACGAAGUCGCCGUUUACGCUUCUCCUUACGGCGGAGCAAACGGGCGCCUACAAGCCCAGCCACAAGGGCUUCAACAUCGCCUUCAACGAAAUCGAGAACGACCCGGACCUACUAGGCGGGACUGGUCUGAAGGCGAAGGAAAACACGAUGAUCGUCGCGGCCGGCCUCCCAUCCGAUAUCGCCCCCGCUCAUGAGUUUGGCAUGAACAGCGUCUUCAUGGACAGGGACAACAUCGGCGACGAGAAGGCGGCGGCGAAGAUCGGCGGGAAGAAGUGGACGUGGAAGUUCAAUACGCUCGCAGAGCUGGCGGACGCGGUGGAGAAGGAGUUGGCAGCGAAGUAGUCAUUAAGAUAAAACAAAAUGUAUAAACGCAAUUUACGAGGGAAAAGCAAGGGCAGCCAAUCUCCACGUG